AUGGCUUUCAAGUUCGUAGCUUUCGCAACCCUUUUGGCUGCUGCCAACGCUGGAUUUAUCGGCACCCAAUACGCCGCCGCCCCAUUGGCUUACUCUGCUGCCCCAGUCGCUAAAUUGGCUUACUCCGCCCCAGUGGUAGCUAAGGUAGCUGAGGAAUACGACCCAAACCCUCAAUACUCUUACGGAUACGAUGUCCAAGAUGCUUUGACCGGAGACAGCAAGACCCAACACGAAACCCGUAACGGAGAUGCCGUCCAAGGUAGCUACUCUUUGGUUGAUGCUGACGGUUUCAAGAGGACUGUAGAAUACACCGCUGACUCCUCCACGGAUUCAACGCCGUCGUCCACCGUGAACCUUUGGGUGUCUAAAGUAGCUGCCCCAGUCGUCGCCAAAGUAGCUGCCCCAGUACAUUACGCCGCUCCAGUCGCCAAAGUAGCUUACGCUGCUGCCCCAGUCCAUUACGCCGCUGCCCCAGUCGCCAAAGUAGCUUACGCCGCUGCUCCAGUAGCUUAUGCCGCCGCCCCAGUCGCUAAAGUUGCCUACUCCACCCCAUUGGCCUACUCCGCCCCAGUAGCUAAAGUAGCUUACGCCGCUGCCCCAGCCCACUACUACCACCACUAA